AUGACGUCCGAACAGCCACGAGGCGGGUCGCCCGACUCGCCCCACGAUUCGCGCUGGAGCAUCCCCACCUACUCGCAGCAGCAUCCAUCCGACUCUUCCUACCAUCCAGGCGGCGAGAGCGGCGACGUGACGGGAAGCAGCACCCGGCGCGAGGUCGUAGGCACCCCGUCAGUGGCCGCUGCCGCCGUCAUUCCGAGCCAGUCACCCGGCAGUCCUUUGCGCAUUGUCGCAUCGAGAGCGGGCCAGUACAAGGUCGUCGCCGUCCCUUUGGACUCCCAGGUCCUGGGCACUGCAUCGACCUCAUCCUCCGGAUCAUCAUCGCAGGCAGCCGCUCAAUGGAUCUCCAAGGCGGAAGCGACGCCAGAGAUGGUCAGCCAGUGGCGAAGCGGGAGGAGGCAGAGGGAGGAGAUCAAACAGCGGGCAAGGGGCCGGCAAGCCGAGGAGCAGCGGAAACGAAAACGGGUCGACGCGAGCUCCAGUGAGAGCGACGACGACGGGGUCCGUCCAGCUGCUGGCCUGGUCAAUCUCGAGCGGCGACCGGCGACAAAGCGGGUCGCCGCGGACCCCGCCGACCAGCCCGAGAUCUACGUCGAAAUCCCCUACAGGAGCCAGCAGGGUCGCUUCACCCCGUAUCUCUCAAUGACCCAGUCCACUGCGCCCGAUGGAUCUGCUCUCUCUUCGCACGACAACCACGACUCGGACGCGACUAACUCGGAUCGGGGCGCCGACAUGCAGCCGUUGCGGCCCAUCCCGCCCGAAGCCUUUGCGCCGUACCUCGACGACGAUACGGGUCUGGAGCUCGACGCGGCUGGCCGUCCGCUGGCACGACUGCCGCCCGCUCCCUGGCAUCCACAGCAACCGGCGGCGGCGACAGACCGGACCAAGGCCAUCUCGACGCAGGAUCACAGCUCACCCGUCGAUCAAUUCAGCCAGAGCGUCUCGCCAGGGCUGGAUCGCGCGCCCCGCUCACCGUCGCCCGUCUACCGUGCGGAUCAGGUUCCUCGCAUCGGCAGCUGGAUCGUUCCGAGACCGCCAGUCCGCAUGCGCCCGCUCUCUGUGGCGUCUCCAUCUCGAGCCGCACCAGCGACACCGCGGGUCGGGGAAGAUGCAGCAUCGGACCUUGUCAUCCUGACACAGCAGCUCGAUUCUGACGAGGAUCUCGACUUCGAAGAGGGCGAGGACCGCAUGCAGAAGCUGCUGGGCGAGCUGGAACGGCGCAAGGCGAAUGCACGUGCAGCCGUGCUGACGCAGCAGAGCAGCAGCGGGAUACGCACGCCGCCGCCCGCAUCGCAGCCAUCGGGCUACUUGGCGCAAGAGGAGGAGCGCCCGGUAGCAGAUGAUGAUCUACCCCGCGAGUCGACGCCACCUGCGCCGGCGGAUGCGGAUGUCGCUGCCCUUCCCGCAUCGGACGGAAAUCCGAGGCGACUGCCGCUACCGAGCCAGCCCAUCGCCUCUCAGCCGCCACCUCCGACGGCAUUGGUCGACGAGCUCAACGCUGCGCAGCAGACGCCCCGUCGGACGCAGCCGGAGCAGCAGCGGCACGAUAUUCGAGCCGAGGAGCAUCCCACGCCGACCGCUCCCUUCUCUCAACCCCUUCCACAUGCCCAUCGCGUGCAGGCAGCGACAUCGGCGGCAGCUCACGCUACGUCGAGUCUGCAGCCCUCGGACACGUCGCUGUCCACAUCGCCGUCUUCUUCGCAAGGAUGGUCGACUCUGCCGCGUCGGGAGAUCUGCGAACUUGUGCAGCGCUCUUCGCACAUCCCCGCGUUCCUCAAGGACGAGGUGGAAAAGUACGUGAUGCGGUCCAAGCGGGCCGCGCAAUCUCAGCGGUCGAACACCACCGCCCUGACGAACACCUCGGCAUCGCAGUCGCAAUCGCAGUCGCAGUCUCAGGACGACUCCGAGACGCAAGAGGACGGGUUCCUGCGCACCAAAAAGGUGUGGUGUUUCGACCUGCUCCGCGGGCCCCUGAUUGUCGGCGCCACUGGGCUCGGAGAGGGAGGCUUGCACGAAGUGGUGCAGAGGUUCACGCAAAGCCAGCAGCAGCAGAGCGGCGAUUCAGCGACAGGUCCCGUGCGGAGCGUCGUGCUCGUCGUCGAUACAAAGGAGGGGACAUUCGACGUGCAGGAGAUCGAGGAGAACCUGGCCAACAUCCUGCGCGAGGACACGAGGUUCGGCGCAUGGUUCGAUGCAGCGGGUCGAAGGUUCCCCGACGCGCCAAAGGCUGCCCCACCGCAGCCACCGCCGCCGGCAGAGGCGGUCGUCGAAGAGACGGGCCCGACAGGGAGCGCGGACGAAAAGGACGACGAGAUUGCUCGGCUGCGUUCGGAGAUGUCAAAGCUGCAGGCCGCGCUCGACGCUGCCGACAGCGAGACGGCGCGACUGCGCUUGGCGGCAUCCACGCACGAGACGGACCUCGAAUUCCUGCGCGACCUCUACGACAAGGCAGCCUCGUCGUCGACCGAGUUCCGCAAGCAGUACGAAGAGGCGGCGUCGCGGAUUGCGCUGCUCGAGUCGCAGCUCUCCGAGGGUCUCGCGCUGCACUCCCGCAUGGCGUCGCAGCGCUACGAAACGGAUGGCCGGAGGAUCGCCGAUCUGGAGCGACAGCUGUCGCAUCUGCGCGAGGCGGAAGAGGAGAUGCGGCGCGAGCAGGCCGAGGAGAGGCGGAGGAAAGCCGAAGAGCGCAGGCUGGAGCUGCAACGCGAGCUGGGCGGCCUGCAGCAGGUGGACCGAAUGGAAGCAGAGGAAGAGGGUGAUGCGGAGGACGAGUUGAGGGCCCUGCAAGAGGAAGCCGACCUUGCUGCCGGUGCCGGUGGCGCCGGCGGUGAUGCCGACGGCGUCGAUGAGGGAGGGGCAAGAAGGAGCAGGAGAAGUCGAAACCCUGCUGCUGCUGCUGCUCCGACGGCGACGACGCCGCCGCCACCGGCACCGGUCGACGCAGCUGCAGACGAGGGACCAAGGGCAGGGGCAGGGGCGGAGACGAUGCCGGCGAUACCCAACGAGCUGGCUCGGCAGAUCGAGCAAGACGUGACCGACCAGCUGGACCACUUCCUCGCCUCGGACCUGAGCCUCCCGCCUCUUCCGUCGUCGUCGUCGCUGGAUCAGGCGCUCGCGUUUUCGGGGUUACCGGAGCAGGGGCACGAGGACGGCCAAGGCGAUUCGGGCAGUGGCUUCCAUACACAGGCUUGA